AUGGCUUUCCCGGUUGUGAACCCCGCUUCCCCGGCGUCUGUGGAGUCCUCUGGAGCCCCUGUGCACUCUGCCAGGGGUGACGAAGGAGCCGCUCCCCAGCCUCCCUCUGUGGUCGAGCCCAGCUCCCCUGAGGUCGAGGGUCAGUCCGACGUUGAAGACGGCACUAUCCCGUUCUUUAACGUCGAUGCCACCGAGUCCGAGCGGUUCCCGCUCGGCCUCGACGAGGCAUUCAACCCCCUCGUCGAGGGCCUCCCGUCUGGCCUCUGCCAGCGCCUUGCGGCCGCCGUUGCUGCCACGACCACGGCAAGUCUUGACUGGCCUGUGGUAGACGGCGUGCUGCAAGUGCGGGACGUGCGUUUGGAUCAUUCUAACCACGUCGCGGGAGCACUCGGUCAGCUGCUUGGUCUUGCGCUUUCCGAAGCCGAUUCCUGUGCUCGUUGUGUGAAUUCCUCCUCUGUGGUUUCCUUCUCUUCUUGUCGAGUGGUGGGUUUUUCUUUGGCUGGAGUCGGAGAAGUCGUUUGUUUGGGGUCUUGUAUGAACUGUCUCUUUUCCGGUGUCGGUGCUCGUUGUUCUCUGCGUUCUUCUCGUCCCCCUGCUGCUGUUGACUUUCUCCAGUCCUUCUUGUCCACUUUCUCCUACCCUGCCUCCGCUCCUCCCACUCCUUCCCGUCGUAACAAGCGUGUCCGCAUCACUUCUCCCCCUCCCCAGAGCCCUGAUGUGAUCGAAGAGCAAGUUGAGGAACAAGUUGAGGAAGCAGUUGAGGAAGAGACCGUUGUCCCUGAAGCCCUUGCCCCUGCCCCUGUUCCCAUUUCUUAUGACUCUCUCCUUACCCCCGUCCUCUUCAAUGCCCCCCCUUCCGAACUCUUUGCCCUUUCCCAAGAGAUCAUGGUUCGUCGAGCUCGUGCGGUGGAUGCUGUGGAGGUGAUGGAUGCGGAUUUGCGGGCUUUGUCGUACAGGUUGGCGGAAUUAGCUAGAGAAGCAGCUCCCCGUGGUGUUCGUCCUGGUGCUCCUUGGAACGUUUAG